CCCAUCUUUGUGACUGAGUUUAACAUGACAUUUUAAUAAGUUUUCGUGAACAUUGGCACCCAUUUUCUUUUUUCUUCCUGUCGUUCCUUUUCCAACACACACACAAAAAAGAAAGUUUUAAAAAAUGGAAGCUUAUUACUCUCAAUUUGCCGAAGUGUUUUCCACUCUUCCCGAAGGAUAUCUUCCCAAAUGGUUAUUAUUCACUUCUGCCCUUGGUAUUUUCAACUCUAUCCAAAACUUUUGCACUGAUAGUUUGAGUAAACGUGUUUAUGCCAACAAACCCGAAGAAGUAACUCCUUUGAGUGGUCGUCUUUUUGCCACCUGGACCUGGUCUGUUAGUAUGAUCCGUAUCUAUGCUGCUUUCCAUCUUCAACACAAGUUCAUGUACGAUCUCGGUAUUUGGACCUAUGUUAUUGCUUUAACUCAUUUCGUGGGUGAACUUGUUGUUUUCGGUGGUUGUAAGUUGAACGGUCCUUUCAUGGCACCUCUCACUGUUGCUGUUUCCUCUCUUGUCUGGCUUCUUUCAGUCAAGGACCAAUAUGUUAAAUUCUAAUCUCUUAUUAUUACUAAAAAAAACAAGACUAAUUACCUAAAUGAAAUGGCUGGGGGGCGAAAUGAAACACAGCCGGGAUGGCUUUGCAUGGCAGCUAUCAAAUGGAUGUGAUUCAAAAUAUGUUACUUGGCUUAAACAUUUGAUGUAAUAAGGUGGGUUGAUAAUAUUGAUCGAAUGUAAGAGAGAGAUGAAGGAAAAGAAAGAGAGAGAGGGGGUCUACACACACUUUUAGAAAAGUGGCAAGGGUUGUUGGAAAUAUAUAUCGUGAAACCUCAUGUUUUUUUUAAAAAAAAAACAAUGGGGGGAUACAAAAAGAUUACUGUUUUGCAUAC